AUGCGGGAGGUGCUGCGCGGCCGCUCCGGCAACCAACCGACCCCGGGCAGCCGGCCCCUCACCGCAGACCCCAUGGCGCUGCCCGGUCCCUCCUGGGCUCGUACCCGCGCGGCGCUAGGGCAGCUGGAGAGGGCUCUGAGCUGCUCCCGUUGCGCCGGCAUGCUGCGGGAGCCCGUGUCCCUGGGGCAGUGCGACCACGUCUUCUGCCUAUCUUGUGUGGGUGACUGUAUUGGCACAGAAUGCCCAGUGUGUUACGUACCAGCCUGGGUGCAAGAUGCACAGGUAAACCGGCAGCUGGAAACCAUGAUUCAGCUUUGCGGCAAACUGCAGCAUCUGCUGGGGGCAGACACCUCGGGGGUACAAGCCUGCCUCCAAACCACAGUGCGAGAACAAGAGGAGAAGUACGAAAUCCAAGGUGGCCCACAAAGAGGCCGGCUCAACAGAGAGCAGCUGCUGCCAAAGUUGUUUGAUGGAUGCUACUUCUAUUUUUUGGGAUCUUUCAGCCAUCACCAGAAGAGUGAUCUUGUGGAGCUGGUCAAAGCAGCAGGAGGACAAAUUCUGGUUAGGCAGCCAAAACCAGACAGUGAUGUGACACAAACAAUCAACACGGUGGCUUACCAUGCAGAAUCUACUUCUGACCAGAGAUUUUGCACUCAGUAUGUCAUCUAUGAUGUGGCUUCUAAAUUCAAGCCAGAGAAAAUUCGUCAAGGCAAAGUCUGGAUGGCCCCCUCCAGCUGGCUUAUAGACUGUGUGAUGUCAUUUCAGCUCCUGCCUGUAAAAUGAGCAUUGCUGUCUCAGGGCUUUAAAAUGUGGUGAAUCUUGAGCAGCUGGAACUCUCUGGUGGACACUGGUUUGAAGGUGAUGAUUUGUUUUAUACUUAG